UUGCCCUGCAGGAGGACACGAACAGGAUGUCGGCCAACGCCCUCGCCAUCGUGUUCGCUCCCUGCAUCCUCCGCUGCCCCGACACCAUCGACCCGCUGCAGAGCGUCCAGGACAUCAGCAAAACCACAGCGUGUGUGGAGCUGAUCAUCAAUGAGCAGAUGGGCAAGUACAGAGCUCGCCUGAAGGACAUCAGCAGUCUGGAGUUUGCAGAAAGCAAAGCCAAGAGCCGACUGACCCACAUCAGGAGGUCCAUGUGCAAAGGCCGCGUUCAGCAAAGCAGCACCAACACGCUGUCGCCGCCUCUCAGCCCCAAAGUGCCCCCAGUGGUGGUGGAUGGAGAGAGUGAUGGAAGUGGAGGCGGAGGAGAAGGAGGAAAGGGAGAAGGAGACGAAGGAGGAGAAGGAGAAGAAGGAGCAGAGGAAGCAGCAGAGGCCGGGCUGAGUGAUCAGCAGCAGAUGGCGAUGCAGCAGGAAGAGAGGAUCCUCACCGAGCAGAUCGAGAGCCUGCAGAAAGAGAAGUAUGACGCCCCUCUGGUUCAUCUUUAACAAAGCCUAGCAGAUGUCAUUGGAAGUGUUUUGGUUUCAUAUGUCA